UCUCUCUUUCUCUCCUCCCCUUUUCGUUCCUCUCUUUUUACCUUCUUGCACUCUUGCUCAGAAAAAUAAUCCAUGGAGGCUCUCAGACUAGAAGCUCGAGCAUUAGGGUCCCUCUCAGGGGGUUCCACCCCGCUCAAGGCCCUUCUCCCUGGGGCAGAGGGCCUCGUCCUUCCCCCUGGAGAUCCAGAGCUGUGCCGGGAGCAUGGAGAGACGUUUACCUUGUUCUGUGUGGAUGACCUGGAGACAGUGUGCAGUCAGUGUGGACUCACUGAGACCCACGAGGGGCACAGAGUCUACCCCAUAACGGAGGCUGUACCUGAUUGUAAGGGGGAGCUGAACUCUUCACUGGGGAAGCUGCUAGGGAAGAGCAGGAGGUUUGAGAAGGUUACACGGAUCUUUGAACACGCCUCCCAACACAACCAGAGCCAUGCCCAGCAGACAGAGAGACAGAUAAAGGAGGAGUUUGAGAAGCUGCACCAGUUCCUGAGAGAGGAGGAGGAGGCCAGACUAGCCAGGCUGAGGGAGGAAGAGGAGGAGAGGAAUAGAGUGAUGAAGGAAAAGAGAGAGAGAGUGGGAAAAGAGAUGAAGCUGCUGGCUAAAACCAUCCGAGAGAUCGAGGAAGAGAUGAAGGAAGACAGGGAUGACAUCGCCUUUCUGCAGAAUUACCAGGAGACAGUAAAGAGGACGUGGCAGAGUCAUGGGGAGCCAGAGGAGGUAUGUGGUCCUCUGAUAGACGUGUCUAAACACCUGACCAACCUCCGUUACGCCGUCUGGAACGACAUGCUGCACAUAACCCCUUACACUCCAGUAACCCUGGACCCAACCACGUCCUGUCCAUCUCUGGUCCUCUCCCCUGGGCUAACCUCUGUCCAGCUGGGAAAGGAGAGGAUCCAGAUCCAGCCUGCUAACCCGGAGAGAUUUGACCCGACCGACUGCGCUCUGGGCUGGGAAGGAUUCAGCGCCGGCACCCACUGCUGGACCGUGGAGGUUGGAGAGAGCAGCAACUGGACAGUUGGUGUGGCUAGCCAAUCGGUGCGUAGGAGGGAGGAGUUUGAGGCGUGUCCGGGGGAGGGGCUAUGGACCCUCAGCCUACGGAAUGGGACGUACCGUGCCAUGACCACACCCUGUACCACCCUCCCUCUGGACUGGUCCCGCCCCUUUCACAGGAUCAAGGUGUUUCUGGACUGGGAGGAGGGUCAGGUGGAAUUCUGGGAUGCCAUGAGGGACAAACUCCUGUUCACCUUCACGCACCGCUUCACAGAGACGCUGUAUCCGUACUUCGAGAGCAGCUGUUCUAAGUGCUGGCUAGUGGUGUUACCCCAGAGAGUGUGUGUGGAGGUAGAGCUAGAUCCUAUCCCUGGGGAUGACGAUGGAGACCAGAUCCCACACGACAGAUCAUCCAAUGAGGGAGAGGAUACCGAGACUAGAUCCACUGACGACAGCAAGCUGACAGAAAUCGGAUCCCCUGUCGGAGCCCAGAUCCCAAUGACCGGAUCUCCCAAGAUCUCAACCACUGACCAGAACCAAGAGACAAGAUCCCCUGACAAAACGUCAAACACCGGAUCCGCUCAAAGGAUGGGCCGGAUCCCAAAGACUAAAUCCACCGGAAAGGGAAAGGGAAAGAUCCCACAGACUGGAUUCGCUGUUCAGAAGCAGAUCAAAAACACGAGAUCCAAUGGAAGCUACCACAUCACGAAGGAUAGGCCACUAGUCCAGGUCAGGAGGACAGGAUCCACUGAGUGAUCCACUGAGUGAUCCACUGAGAGAUCCACUGAGAGAUCCACAAGCAACAACACAGAGAUCAAGUUGCCCUGCAGCUCAGCCCAGAUCAUCCAACACACAAGAGAUCACCCAACACAGACUAGAUCUCCUACUUCCACAGACUAGAUCCCCUACCUCCACAGACUAGAUCUCCUACCCCCACAGACUAGAUCUCCUACCUCCACAGACUAAAUCCCCUACCUCCAUAGACUAGAUCCUCUACCUCCAUAGACUAGUUCUCCUACCUCCAUAGACUAGAUCUCCUACCUCCACAGACUAGAUCCCCUACCUCCACAGACUAGAUCUCCUACCUCCACAGACUAGAUCCCCUACCUCCACAGACUAGAUCUCCUACCUCCACAGACUAGAUCCCCUACCUCCGUUGACUAGAUCCCCUACCUCCGUUGACUAGAUCUCUUACCUCCACAGACUAGAUCUCCUACCUCCACAGACUAGAUCUCCUACCUCCACAGACUAGAUCCCCUACCUCCAUAGACUAGAGCUCCUACCUCCAUAGACUAGAUCCCCUACCUCCACAGACUAGAUCCCCUACCUCCACAGACUAGAUCUCCUACCUCCACAGACUAGAUCUCCUACCUCCAUAUAUUAGAUCUCCUACCUCCACAAACUUGAUCCCCUACCUCCACAGACUAGAUCUCAUAGAUGCUGUCAUUGACUAGAUCACCUAACACACUAUAUUUGAGAUCUCUUACAAGAGAUCUCUUACAAUUUCUGUGUAAUGUUGUAAUACACAGUGUAUCAUAGUGGAGGUAAUGUGAUUAAUACACAGUGUAUUAUAGUGGAGGUAAUGUGAUAAUACACAGUGUAUUAUAGU